AUGAGAAAGCCGUACCGUUUCUACAGUUUAAGUCGCCCUAAAUUGCGACAAUCAUGGAACAAGUACAACUUGUAUAACCUGUAUCGCCAGACAGGCCGAGAACCCCAAAUCAAAGGCACACCGACCUUCUUCCAGCAGAAAUGGGCGGCCAAGGCGAAGACUCGAUCAUAUCACGGAGAGCACAUCCCGGAAAAAAAAUGGGUGCGGCUCUUCUCUCGCCGACUUCUUUCUGCCGUGGACAUGCCGCCGGAUUACCUGGCGGCGCACGAUGGCUCUGAACAGGCUGCUGGACGUGGUUCCGGCUUGACAACAACGACGGUCUCAGCCGAAACCUUUUCCAAAGUCCCAAAGCUCAGCACUCAAGAGCGUUCAAGGAAGAGGGCAAUCUUCGGAGAUGUGAACAAGCUGUUGUCGGAUCAGUUCAACAACAUGACUCCCUAUAUGCAGAUGACGUUUGCGCCGCUGGAGAGGAGAUUGGAUACCGCAGUAUUCCGAGCGCUGUUCGCCAGCAGUGUCCGACAGGCACGUCAAUUCGUUAUUCACGGAGCCGUGACAGUCAAUGGGAAGAAGAUGGUCCAUCCGUCUUACCAAUUGAACCCUGGCGACUUAUUCCAGGUAGAUCCGGAGAAAGUCAUGUACGGAACAGGCGUUCAGAAAGCACAGCAAGGCAAUUCGCGUCUCCGUGAGAACCUCGAGGCUAGACAAAAGAAGGCAGAGCAAGCAUACGAGAAUGCCGUGAAGAAGACAAGCGGUGCCACUGCUGUCGAAGGAGAGACGGAAGGCGAGAAGGCUGACUCUGAGGCUACCGCUGCUGAAGGUGAAGCUGCCGAAGGCAAAGCUGCUGAAGGCGAAACCAUUGCUGCUGAAGACGCUGGGUCGCUGACUCCGGAAGCCCAGUGGCAGUUGAACAACAGAGCCUUGAAAUUCCUACUAAAGGAUGUCAAGAAGAUCUUGAAGAAUAACACCAAGGACCUUACCGCCAAGGAGAAGAAGCAGCUCCGCCUUUUCCGCGCAGAUGCCAAGCGCUUCCUCUCACAGCCAGAGAAGAGCGAGGGCAAUAUUACUGAGCUCAUUGACGAACUGCAGGUACAAAUGAAGAGCCAUGAGCUGAUGCGAGAGAGCUUUGAGAAGCUCAGCCUGAAAGAGAAUCAGACCCAGCCCGAAGCUGAAGCCGAGAGCGCCAACGCCGCUGUGGAAGAGGGUGAGCAGCAGUCAGAGCUCAGCAGAGAACGACAGGUGGAGAAGGGACUAGAAGGCCUAUCGGACGAGCAGAAGACCAAGGCCAAGAGAAUAAUGGGCGACGCUCAGCUAUCUCGAGAGGAAAUGAGGAAGCUGGCACGCCUGCUUCAGUACGACGAAGAAAAUCCUAUUGAUGAUUCCAAGCCCUAUGCUACCCCAUGGAGGCCCCGCCCUUACAUGUCAGCGUUUGCCUUCAUUCCUCGAUACCUCGAAGUCAACCCCAACAUUUGUGCUGCCGUCUACCUGCGACACCCAGUUGCACGAAAGGGUAUGGCUGAGGUGCCAACACCUUUCAGCUACUUGACGAGCCAACUGACCCACAACUGGUACCUUGAGCGUGGCUAA